UUUCGUAGUCUCUCUCACUCUCGGCGCUACAAAACCCAGUGGCCGGAUUGAACCAGUCACGGAGGUCGAACAAACGGCACCUUACAUGUAAUUGACAUAUCUUCCACCUCCGGGUCAAUUUCGUUUAAUAAUAUACCCAAUUCUAUGAUGGUUGUUUUUGUCAUUCACUGAAUCACUCUUGUUCUUGAUUGUAUGAUACCUAAAUGCCAUAUAAAUUGUUUGUUUUAUGUUUGAAUUUGAUUAUCGUUCGUUUGAAUUUGUUCAAUUUCUGUUGUAACCCUUGUAUUUUGCUUUAUAAUUGAUACUGUUUGUGAUAUUGCCUGAGCUAGGUUGAGUUGAUUACGAUUAGUAUCUAUGAAUUCCUCUCUUAUUCUUGAAAUACUGUUUAAUUUGAGUAUUGGGUUCGUCUAAAUCUUGUUCUGCUGAGCAUGGAUUGAAGAAUUUGUGUUGGCACGCGAACUGUUUCUGUUAUUGCCUUACCUAAAAGUUAGACAUAACUGGGUGGUACAUUUGGUAAAUGUUAAGACUAACUCAAGUUAAAUGUUUUAUCAUGGUUAUGGACCUAUGGUUGUGGUGUUGGUGGUGAGGACUUCUUGUGUGUUUGGAACCCAACCACCGGGAGAAUACAAGAAGAUGCCUCAAUCACCAUAUUCAUAUUUUCACAGGCACAUUGACGAACCACUGCUAUGAAGUCCUACUUCUGGUUAGAAACUUAUGAUGGUUCGAUCCAGCAAGUAGAAGAAGAGGUUGCUAUGGUUAUCCCAAUGAUUUGCAGAGAAUUGUUUCAGAAUAGCAUGGGUUCAACAGAGAAGAGUGCUAUUUCACUUCCCCAACGAGUCAACAAUACAGAUAUAUUAAGCUUAAUACUCGAAUAUUGCCGGUUUCACCAAGUACAGGGUCGCUCUAAUAAAGAGCGCAAAUCUUUUGAUGAAAAGUUCAUCCGAAUUGAUACAGGAAGGUUAUGUGAGUUGGCUGCUGCUGCUGACAGUUUAAAACUGAAACCUUUGGUUGAUCUCACCUGCCGUGCACUUGCUCGGAUGAUUGAAGGGAAAACACCGGAGGAAAUUCGUGAGACAUUUCACAUACCUGAUGAUCUCACGGAGGAGGAGAAGUUGGAGCCUUUAAGAAACACAACUGAUGAUUCACGAAUCAGGCUGCUUAAUCGACUUUAUGCCAGAAAGAGGAAACAAUUAAAGCAAAGAGAGAAGCAGAAGACUUCUGAUGUUGAAGAAGAGCGGAUGGACGCUGAAUGCUCUGUCGACGAUCUGUUGUCGUUUAUCAAUGAAGAUUCAAAAGCGGGUAAAGCUCCUAAACAUAAAAAGAGAAACCGUAAAAGGAAAGAUCAGAAAAAAGAAUCAUGUACAAACAAUGAUAAAGACAAGAAGGAAGUUCCUCGUGCACUCCUAAACGGUGAAGUAAGCACCAGUUCUAGUCAGACUUCAGAAUUCCAAGAUUUAGCAGAUGAAUCAACUAGAAUCGAUUUCGAUUAUGACAUUGAUGAUGAUGAGCUAGACCCAGCGAUGAAGGAAGAACUCGAUAGGGAGGUGGAGGAAUUCGCUAGGAGAUUGAAUUUAGAUUGGACUGAGAGAAUGCAGGAGGUCCUGUCAUUAGCGCAAGAAGGAAGGCUUGCUCCCAUCUCACAGAAAGAAAAAAAACAAAACAAACAGUCUUAGCUGUGGGACUAUAGGUUGCUUUGCAUGUAUCCACCGCUCAUCCUGACUGUAACACUAACCUUCUAUCAGAUUGUGGCCACUCUACUCGCAAUUGCUACCUCUUCUGCGCAAUGCAGUUUCCUUGCAAUUCUCGGUUCCACGUUCCUGGAACAUUAUUGUGGUUUUGCUGUAACUUUUGGUGGUAACAAAUACAGGAAAUAUGAGAUUCUAGCUUAGGAAAUCAAAAAUAAAAAAUCAAUUUUUUGGCAUGACACAGUUGACACCCCAGAUUCUUGACAACUUGACCACAAAAACCGUGUUUGAC